UUAAUUAACAAAACUUUCUAAAAAAAACAACAUAAAUCAAUUCCACAUGUAUUUAUCAUCAUCGUUUACCACAAAAUCUUCAUCAUCACCUGCUACACAUAAAAUGUUUACCAAACAUUUUCGCAGAAAAUCUUCCGAAAUUUAUGGGAAAUCCAGCAUAAAUUCUUUAAACCGUUCCAGUUGUUGGAGUAGAAUUACCGCCAUCAACAACACCAUCACAAUGCCUUGUAUUUUAAUAUUUGUUAUAUUAAGUUUAUUAGUUAAUAAGAUAUCUGCCGCUGGUAAUUUUGAAUUAGAAAUAUUAGAAAUUUCAAAUACAAAUAGUCACUUAUUAAGUGGUUACUGUUGUGGUGUUCCUUUAGAGAUAAGAAGUACAAAAACAACGGGCUGUCCGCCUUGUUCUACAGCAUUUCGACUGUGCCUUAAAGAAUACUCCGCCAUUGAGCAGGGUACACCCAGUAUAACGACAGGUUGUUCGUUUGGUAACACCACAACAACAAUACUGGGUGGUUCCAGUUUUGUAUUGAGUGAUCCCGUUAGAGGGGCCAUGGUACUGCCAUUUACAUUCAGAUGGACGAAAUCAUUUACAUUAAUACUACAGGCGUUGGAUAUGUACAACAUAUCGUAUCCAGACUCUGAAAGGUUAAUUGAAGAAACAUCAUUUUCAAGCGUGAUUCUACCAUCACCCGAAUGGAAAACAUUGGAUCAUAUUGGUCGCAAUGCUCGCAUUACAUAUCGUGUCAGAGUUCAAUGUGCAGCUACUUAUUAUAAUACAACAUGUACUACGUUUUGUCGUCCCCGCAACGAUCAAUUUGGUCAUUACAACUGUGGGCCACAGGGUGAAAAGAUCUGUCUAAAUGGCUGGAUGGGUGAUAAUUGUGAAAAGGCCAUUUGUAAGCCCGGCUGUGAUCCCAUACAUGGCAAAUGUGAUAAACCCGGUGAAUGCGACUGUCGUCCUGGCUGGCAGGGACCCCUAUGCAAUGAAUGUGUGGUUUAUCCUGGCUGCAAACAUGGCUCCUGCUACGGUGAAGCCUGGAAGUGUAAAUGUGAUACCAAUUGGGGUGGCAUAUUAUGUGAUCAAGAUUUAAAUUACUGUGGCACUCAUGAACCCUGCAAACAUGGCGGUACUUGUGAGAAUACCGCACCUGAUAAAUUUCGCUGCACUUGCGCUGAGGGCUUAUCUGGUGAGCGCUGUGAAAUCAUAGAACAUCCAUGUGCUACACAACCAUGUAAAAAUGGUGGCUCAUGCACGGUUAAGGAAUCAAAAAUACCAAAUAUAACUGCCUUGCCAAUGUAUCGUAAAAUGCGUGGCAUGAGUUCGUCGAUGGGGAAACCAGUUAGUAGACAUAAUUUACCGCUGCUAGAAUUGGGUUUAGGAUCAUCAUCGUCAUCAUCAUCUUCCAUCUUAGCUGCUUUAACGUCAUCAUUAAACAACAGUAAUAAUACAGCAAGUGGACGCAGCACCGGCAGCAGCAGCAUUAUUAGUAAUACAAACUAUAACCACCAACAAAUUCCACCAGUCUCGGAAUUCACUUGUGCCUGUGUACCCGGUUGGACAGGUCCAACAUGUGAAAUAAAUAUCGAUGAGUGUGCCGGUGGCCCUUGCGAACAUGGUGGCACUUGUAUUGAUCUAAUCGGCGGUUUCCGUUGUGAAUGUCCACCCGAAUGGACAGGCGAUGUGUGUCAAAUUGAUGUAAACGAAUGUGAAAUCACUUAUCCCGUCUCAGCCACAUCAUCCACCACUCACCACCACCUGCACACAUCCACAUUGCGUACCUCAACGGCGGCUGUAGCUGCGGCUGCCGUAGCAGGCUCUAGCACUUCAUCAUCAGCUUUAAUUGCCGCCUUAAAUGCCGCUUCAUCUUCUUUGGCAGCAGCGGCGGCAGCAAAUGGCUCUUCAGGCAUGUUUGGUCCCUGUGUUAAUGCUCGCCAGUGCAUAAAUAUGCCGGGGUCGUUUUCGUGCGUCUGCCUGGAGGGUUGGGGUGGUCCCACAUGUGCUAAAGAUUUCGAUGAUUGCGUGGGCCAAUGCAAGAAUGGUGCCACUUGUAUGGAUUUGGUUAACGAUUAUCAUUGCGCCUGUGCAACUGGAUUUACAGGUCGAGAUUGUGAAACUGAUAUUGAUGAAUGUGCUAAUUCACCGUGUCGUAAUGGUGGCGAAUGUGUGGACAUGAUUGGUAAAUUUAAUUGCAUUUGUCCACUGGGGUAUUCCGGUACAUUAUGUGAGGAAGCCAAUGAUCAUUGUACACCCUCGCCCUGUCUAGAAGGUCGUUGUUUGAAUACGCCCGGCAGCUAUUACUGUCACUGUCCACCUGGACGAGCUGGCAAGCAUUGUGAACAAGUGCGUCCUAUGUGCAAUCAGCCCCACUGUAAUGAUGGUUGUUUUGCCAAUUCCACCAUUAAUUCUUCGAAAAAUUUACCCUGUUCUGGCCAUGGCACUUGUGAAAUGGGUGAUGUGGGUACAUUUUGUAAAUGCCAUACUGGUUAUACCGGCACAUUUUGUGAACACAAUCUUAAUGAAUGUUCACCCAAUCCUUGCCGCAAUGGUGGUAUAUGUUUAGAUGGUGAUGGCGAUUUUACAUGUGAAUGCCCUUCUGGCUGGACUGGCAAACGCUGCUCUGAACGUGCCACCGCCUGCUACAAUGGUCAGUGUCAAAAUGGCGGUACUUGUGUGGUUGGUUCACCCGACAAAGGUUUGCAGUCACAAUGUCGUUGUGCUCCCGGUUGGGAUGGCACUUUCUGCACCGAACGCAUUGAUCAGUGUCGUGGACAACCUUGCCACAAUGGUGGUACUUGUGAAUCGGGUAGUGGCUGGUUUCGUUGUGUAUGUGCUCAAGGUUUUUCCGGUCCCGAUUGUCGUAUAAAUGUCAACGAAUGCUCACCUCAACCUUGUCAGGGUGGUGCCACCUGUAUUGAUGGCAUUGGUGGUUAUACCUGUAUCUGUCCUCCCGGCAGACACGGCUUGAGAUGUGAAAUAUUACUCUCCGAUCCCAAAUCUGCUUGCCUUAAUCUUACCAACUCAAAUUCUCCCUAUUCACCUUUGAACAAAACCCAAGAUGUUUUGGCUCAAUUGUUGACGGGUCAAACGAAUGAGUAUUGCAAUGCUUGUAAUUGUGAAAAUGGUACUUCACGCUGCACCAAUUUAUGGUGUGGUCUACCAAAUUGCUUUAAAACGGACGCCUCUUCAAAAUCAUCGAAUUUUUCAGGGGUUUGCAAACAACAUGAAGUUUGUGUGCCUACUUUAAGUGAGAAUUGUUUAAAUGGACCUUGUUCGUUAAGAGGUGAUUGCCGUUCUCUGGAACCUUCUCAUCGGGUGGCACCUCCGCGCCUUCCCGCUAAAGCUGAUUGCUGGCCCAAUCAGGCCAAUUUAAAUGAUAAUUGUGCCAGGCUUACCAUACUAUUGGAUCGUCAAAGAGUGGGCACCGGUUCCUCGGUGGAGGGCUUAUGUUCGGUGUUAAGAUUUUUGCUGGCCUCAAGAUUGAUUAAAUUGCCCAAGGGAGAUAAUGAGGGCAUGUUAAUAGUAAUCUGUGAUUUGAAAACUGGCACCAAUGAUACCAUAGAAGUGACAGUGUCUUCCACCCAACAAAAUGACUCUCAACUACCCACUGCCAUAGCAUUGCUGGGCGAACUUUUGUCUUCUCGCCAAUUGAACUCCUUGCAGCAGAAAAACGAUAUGAAAUCAACCAAAUUGGCUGCUUUAGUUUCCAUACUGGAAGUGAAAGUGGAAACGGCUUCAAUUGCGGAGGGCAAUAGCAAUAGCCUUUUGAUAGGCAUUUUGUGUGGCAUAUUUAUUGUACUCAUUGGUCUGGCUAUAUUCCUGAGCCUCUUCUGGCGUCAACGUAUUGUUAUGACUUCCACAUCCGGCAUUAAUUUGGCACCCUCCAUGGAUGCCUUAAGGCACGAUGAAGAAAAAUCCAAUAAUUUACAAAACGAAGAAAACUUACGACGCUAUACGAAUCCCUUAAAGGGUAGUUCUUCCUCGUUGGGACGUGUUAAUGGCAUGGAAUUGAGUUUAAAUCCUGCCCCUGAAUUGGCUACCGUUAGCACUCUAGCUAAUGCUUCUGCCUCCAGUUCCGGCGUACAUCGUUCACAACCCUUGUAUCCUGAAUCGAAUUUCGAUUGUGAUUUAGAAACGACCACAAAAAACAAAGAAUUUCAUACAAAACGUAGUUCACAAAUAUUAUUGCAUAAAACACAAAAUUCCGAUAUGAAAAAGAAUACGGUUGGCUCUAUAGAUAGUCCUCGAAAAGAUUUUGGCAAAAGAUCAAUCAAUUGUAAAUCAAUGCCACCACCACCCUCAUCCUCAUCGUCUACGGUGACGACGGCGGUAACGGAAUGUAAUGACUCGGAAAUAUUAACAGUUUUAGUGUAGUGUAGGAGCUGGAAGGUGUAAUAACUUAAAAACUGGGAAGAGUUGUAAAUAUUACGCUCACUCAAAGUGUUUGUGCCUAGAAAAAAUAAAGAAAAUUUAAAAUAAAUGUGAUGCUACUAGAACUGUUAAAUAUUUAAGAAAUCAAAGGAUUUAGAGAUACUAAAUCUAAAAUCCAAAUUGCUUCCUAGAUUUAUAAAAACAAAA